AUGUCUAUUAAUGUGGAAACUAAUAAUACCGUCGAAAGUGCGGCGAGGAAAUUUUUUAACCUCAAGGAAAUGCCGCACAUUGUAAAAACCCUUGAUAGAAACCAGAAAAUCUAUGGUGAUAUAUUGAAUGUUAUUGGUAAUACACCAUUGGUAAGGCUCACAAAUAUCCCUAAAGACGAAGGAUUAAAAUGCGAAAUGUAUGCAAAAUGUGAGUUCUUAAAUCCUGGAGGCUCUGUAAAAGAUCGUAUUGCCUAUCGAAUGGUUUUGAAUGCUGAACAAAAUGGCACUCUGAAACCAGGCAAAUCGGUCAUUGUGGAGCCUACAUCUGGUAAUACUGGCAUUGGGCUGGCCCUUGCUGCUGCAGUUAAAGGUUACAGGUGUAUCAUAGUUUUACCAGAAAAAAUGUCAGAUGAGAAAGUAAAUACCCUGGUAGCACUGGGUGCUGAAAUUGUCCGUACCCCAACUGAAGCUGCAUGGGAUGAUCCAGAGAGUAAUAUCAUGGUGGCACGUAGACUUGCUAAAGAAAUCCCUGAUGCUGUACUUUUGGAUCAGUACAAUAAUCCUUGCAACCCUUUGGCGCAUUACGAUGGAACUGCCGAAGAGAUCUUAUGGUCAAUGGAUGAUAAAGUUGACAUGGUUGUUAUUGGUGCAGGUACAUGUGGUACAAUAUCUGGUGUAGCACAUAAGAUCAAGGAGCGUUGUCCUACCUGCCAGAUUGUUGGUGUUGACCCGUAUGGGUCUAUUCUAGCACAACCAGAAGAGUUAAAUGCGUCAGAUGUGCAAGUAUAUGAGGUUGAAGGAAUCGGCUACGACUUUCUUCCCGGCGCACUUGACAGAACUGUCAUUGACAAAUGGGUGAAGACUGACGAUAAAACAUCGCUGGAAAUGGCAAGAAGGCUCAUCAAAGACGAAGGACUACUUUGCGGUGGGAGCAGCGGUUCAGCAAUGUGGGGAGCCGUGCAAGCAGCCAGAUCAUUGAAGGAAAGUCAGAAAUGCGUGGUAUUGCUACCAGACAACAUCCGUAAUUACAUGACCAAAUUCAUUUCCGACCAAUGGUUGGAGGCCCGCGACUUCAAACCACUACUCAAGAAGGAAAAUCUUCCUUGGUGGGAAACACUAGUGACUACCGACGUGGUUCAACCUGUCAAGAAUGUAUCACAAAGUAGCAGUCUAACAGACGCACUCGCCAUUUUAACGGAAAACCGAGCACCGCUGCUGACAGUCGUGAAUGAGAAAGGUUCUGUAGUCGGUGUGUUUACCGCAGAUAAUGUAAGAAGACGACUAGUAAACCUCACUGGUUGUUCCUCCGACAGACUCGACAAGUAUAUAGUGAAGAAAUAUUACAAAGUGGACCUCGCAAAUAAACCUACUUUAGGAUUGCUUUCACGGAUGCUUGAUAUUGCCCCUCAUGUGAUCGUAGUCGAGUCAGAUAAAUCAACUAACAUGCAGCGCCCGAUCGGAUUUGUGACUUCAGAGGAUUUACUGUCACAUAUUUCAACAGGGAAAAAACAUAUGAAUGGCAAUUAG